CAGCGGCUUUAUUUUUUAAUUGUGUUGCAUUUCACGCCUGCUGAAAAGAGCGCGAUUCACGCUACUGUCAAGCUAAAACAAUUUUACAACACUGUCGAUGACGUUAUUUAUUUAUAUUCAGAAAUUUCGUCACCUCAGUUAAGUUUUUGUCGUUUUGUAGAGAAUAAUAUUAGAAUUUUCGUUAAAAAAAUGUCGGGCGACAAUUUUGACACAUUAAGUAAUAAGGAGCUACAUACAAAAUGUUUGGAAUAUGGAUUGCCAGACAUACCAGUUACAAACACCAGUCGAAGUGUUAUUUUGAAAAGAUUGCGCGUUGCGUUUUAUGGUUCGCCUAAGGUUGACACCAAAGCAAAAAAGACAACAACACGCCGUGAAACAGUGCAUGUUUCCACUCCUGCUCAAACAAAUAAAACUAAGUUAAGCAAUAUUACGGAAAAUACUUCCGAUUCAAGCAACAAUAACACUGUGACAACAGCAAAAAAUCGUUAUACUGCGGACUAUGCUUAUAAUUUUAGCAUUUCACCAACUCAGCGUACUGGCACGGACUUUAGUAUUAAUAAUCAAAACACGUAUGAAAGAACCUAUGAACGCAGUGUACCAACACUCACUACAAACUCGCAAACAACUAAUACAAAUGAUAACACUUAUGUUAGUCCAGUUAUAAGCGAAGGAGGAAAUUCGCGUGACUCUCCACAUUUAAGGCGUUCAGUGUCAUUAACCAAAUCGCGAGUGUUAACAACCUCCUAUAAUCAAGAAGCACCACAAAGAAAAAGAAUUGAAACAUCCGAUAUUGGUGAAGAUGAAUAUGAAGAAGAAGAAGAGGAUGAGGAUAUCGAAAUGAUUGAUGCGCCCAGUAAUACGUAUGGUUUUAAUAGAGCAAGUCAAAACUACUCUUAUGGUUCACCAGAAAUAAAACCACAAACUGAAUUUAAAAUGCCGAAACCAAUACAAAGUAACCCCCUUGGCUUUGAACGUGGUUAUAGCACACAGAAACAGGAUUUCAAUUAUAUCACAAGUGAAGUGAAGAAACCAACGACUGAACCGAGAUAUUCCAAUUUGAGUUCAACUUCUUCAUACCAUAGCGUUUUGAACUCAACUCCUUACGAAUAUCUAAGUGACUCGAAAUUAGGCUCUGCUUCGUCACCAAGCAUGCAGUACGGUUUUUCGACAGCAGUAAAUACACCACCACUCGGCAGUUUAAAUAAUGUUCGGAAAGAAAAUACAUUGUAUCCAAAUUUGCCUCAAUCGCUAUUUCUAAGCAAUUCAACAGCAAAUCCAGACUACCUCAGCAAUACAUAUCAGUCAAAUGCUCCAAUUCGUAAACGUGGACGUAAUACUUUGAAUACUCAACAUAAAUACGACACUAAUAGCGAAGUAGAUGCUGGCCAUAGCAGUGACGAUUAUCCAGAAACAUUCAAUAACUAUCAGCGAAGAACUGAGCAUCUAACAAGUAGUUUCAACAAACCUUUAGCACGUGCUGACCGAUCAACUUUACAUUAUGAAUCUCCAAAAACUCGACGUCCUAUUAAUACUGAUGAUGAUGAUGAGCCGAUACGUCAGUUCUUUCAAACGUUGGAACGAAAAUAUCAUCUGAAACAGAGCUUGGCCAUAAUUUUGUGCUUUGUACUGGUUGCAUUUAUAUAUGCUUUCUUUUUGCAUUAAUUUGAAAUUAAAAAUAUAUGUUUUGAUAUUACUUA